CCCGGCAACAGCGUCCCGGAGUGGGCUGGGCCUCCGCGCCCGGCGGCUCGCUGCGCGCUCUAGUGGCCCCGCGAGGAGGAGAACUGGACGCGGGCGCGGCCGUCUGCUGCUCCCCAUGCUGACGCCCUGGGCUGACGGGCACCUGGAGCCCGAACCAGUGCCGGGAGGAUGGUGCGCAGGCGGGUGCCCGCCCCCAGCAGGGAUCUCCCGGGCGGCCGCUGGCUGGUAACAAGCCGAUGGCUUCACUGAAGCUGCUUUGCAGAAUACACAAAUUCAGAAAUAGUUUAUCUGGAAGGAAAUGAAACGAAAUGGCAUGAAAACAAACGUCAACAGCACCAAACCAGGCAGUACCAAGGCCAGGGAUUUAACGUCCAAAAUGGCUACCAUACCAGUUUGGCAUACUCUGUGUCCUCACGUUCAAAAAUUCAAAAAUGUAAGACCCUGUACGUCAUCAUUUAGAGCCUGUUCAAGAAAUGGUUUCCAAAAUACGUCCAGAUCUUCCUCAACCACAACCGUUGCAAAUCCGAUACUGUCCGUCUUAGAUGUUAAACGGAUUUUGUUUAAAAAGAUUACUGAUAAAGGAGACGAGCUGGUGAAAGCCUUCCUGCUGCUGGACCCCAGCUGCAGCAUGACGGUGUCCCGGAGCGAGCUGCGGAGGGUCAUCAGCUCCUUCCUGCUGGCUCUCACCCGGGAGCAGUUCCAGGACGUGCUGGCCGAGAUCCACCUCACCAGCACGGGCGCUGUUCCGUACCUCCAGUUCCUGUCCAGGUUUGGCGGGAUGGACCUAAAUGUAAAUCUUAUAAAGCGGUGCAGUGGAGGCGAAGUGAGUGGCGGCCGGACCCUGAAAGAGCUGGAAACCCUCGUAGGAGAGAAGAUUUAUACAAACAUUAAAGCCGUGGUCCGCGCCCUCCACCUCAUCGACGUGAACAGGACGGGCCGGAUGCAGCCCAAGGAGCUGCGGCGUGUCCUGGAGACCUUCUGCCUGCGGAUGACGGAGGAGGAGUACAGGAAGUUUGCAGAACGCUACAGCAUUAAUACGGAUGCCUCAGUGGAUUAUAAUGCCUUUUUGAAGAGCCUCAGUAUAAAUAAUAACUUAAACCUCAAGUAUUAUUUGGGAGAUCAAGGGGCCUCAGGGGAGAAUCAACAAGCAAAGACUGCCAUGCGGGACUCCGUCCUCCGCUGUUCCGACGCUCCCGAAAGCCACUGGGAAGACCGCUCCUUGGAUGAAAUCGGCAGGGCCUUUUGCCAGCAGCUGUCCAAGUGCCGCGAGAAGGUGGAGAAGGCCCUGAGCGCCGGGGACCCCUCCAAGUGCGGGUACAUCUCCCUCAACUACCUCAAGAUCGUCCUGGACUCCUUCGUGUUCCAGCUGCCGCGGAGGGUCUUCAUCCCGCUGAUGAAACGAUUUGGACUUAGAACCACCAACAGAAUCUACUGGAAGCAGUUUCUGACGUUGCUGCACGACCCUCAGUGGUCGGAGGCUCAGAGUUCUGGUCCCCCGGCCAAAAAGGACAGCACCAACCCUAGAAAUCAGUGUUGCGGGGAGAAUAUCAUCACCAAGUUGUUCGCACGAGGAGACCACUACGCACUGCUGAGGAAGACGCUGCUGAUGGUCAGCUCGAAGGUGAACGGGCGGAUAAAAGCGCCAGAGCUGCAGCACACCAUCAACUCCAUGGUGGUGAAACUGAGCGACUCAGAGUUCAAGGAACUGAUGCGGACGCUGGACCCCGGGGGCUCGGGCCUGGUGGACAUCAGCAGGUUCCUGGAGCUGCUGGAGGAGAGCCGUGGGGAGAUAGGGAAGCCGUCCUCCGGGGGGGACGCCCAGGCGUCACACCUGCUGGCCUGGGACUUAGUGGAAGGGAUGGUGCGGGACUCCAUCAGCAGGAACCUCCUGGCGUUCCACGACCUGCUGUGCUCCUACGACUUGGGAGACUCGGGGCUCGUCGGGGCAAACAACUUCAAGAAAGUGAUGCACAUAUUCUGCCCGUGCCUGACGACGGAACAUUUGGCAAAACUCUGCAGCAAGUUUAAGGAUUCAGCCUCGGGAAAGGUCCUGUACAAGAACCUCCUGGCCAGCAUGGGCGUCCAGGGCCUGCCCGCCGCCCGUCCAGCUAAUGCCGUGAAGGACCGGCCGCCCCGCGAGCAGGGGCAGAAGGGGCCGCCGCCGGAGAGCGCCGAGAGAGCCAAGCCCACAGAGGACAAAAGCGCCUGGACCAAGACGGUGACCAAGGACGAAGCGGUGGAAAAGCUCCGGCACUGGGUCCAGCAGCAGGACCCCGCGUUCAAGAAACAAUUUCUCAACUUCAGCAAGGAUCUCGACGGCAGAGUGAACUGGUACAACUUCAGGAAGGUGCUGGAAAAUAACGGGAUGCCUAUGGAUGAUGACCAGUACGCUCAGCUGACUGCAACCCUCGGAUAUAAGAAAGAAGGGAUGAAUUACCUGGAUCUCGCAGCAGGAUUUGAAGAAGCUAAAACGAAUGGGCUGCAAGUGACUGCAUCUCAGACCUCAGUUCUUCCAAAAAACAACCUGGCCAGCUACUUCGUGACCGCCGAGGAGUGCCUGCGGCUUCUGCCCCAGAGACUGAGGGAAAACUUCCCGAACCUGUUCGCGGCCUUCUUCCGCAUGGACGCCAACGGGGACGGCAUCAUCGGCAUGCAGGACCUGCACCGGCUGCUGGAGCACCUGCUCUUCAACCUCAAAGACGACCAGUUCCAGCGCCUCGUGGCCCUCCUGGGCUUGAGGCUCAGCGUCACGUUGAAUUUUCGGGAAUUUCAAAAUCUGUUUGAGGCGACGCCACCCACAACAGACGACCCGCCUCAACGACUCAUCAGACAAAAGCAGAAGGUCACAGAUUCAGAACUAGCUUGCGAGCAGGCUCACCAGUACCUUGUCACCAAAGCAAAAAACAGGUGGACAGACUUGUCGAAGAAUUUUACAGAAACCGAUCAUGAGGGCGCCGGCAUUCUUCGCCGACGGGACAUAAAGACCGCGCUGUACGGCUUCGAUGUUCCCCUCACGCCGCGAGAACUGGAGAAGCUGUGGAUGCGCUAUGACACCAAGGGGAGGGGGCACAUUACGUACCCGGAGUUCCUGCACCAGCUGGGGAUCACGUACUCGGCGGACGUGCACCGGCCCUACGCGGAGGACCACUCCAACUUCAUGGGCCACUUCACGAAGCCGCCGCCGCCGGAGCCACCACGGGAGGAGCGCCCAGCGCAGUGCCCAGAGCAGCCCCCAGAGCAGCACCCGGCGCAGCCGCAGGGCACGGACAUGGCCGAGCCAGCCAGGGAGAAGCUGAAGGACCACAGUGCAGACAUCAGGAAGGCGCUGACCAAGCUGGACGCGUGUGGCAGCGGCUCGGUGUCCCUGUGCCAGCUGCAGAGGGCGCUGCGGGACAGCGGCUGUCCCCUCAAGGAGGCGGAGCUGGCCGCGCUCCUGGGCAGUUUGGGAAUCAGCUGGCAAAACAAUUCCAUCAAUUACCUUGACUUCUUGAGGGCCGUGGAGGGCGGCUCGCCAUCCGGAGCUGAGCCGAAAGAGAGCGAGGCGGGCGUGCCGGUCAAUUUUGCGAAACUGAGUCCAGAGGAGGUUCUGAAGAACGUCCAGAAAGUGGUGGCCGCCUCCGGUCCGGCUCUGGCCACGGCGUUUUCUGCCGUGGACAAAGAGGACACGGGGUUCGUGAAGGCUUCGGAGUUUGGUCAAGUGCUGAAGGAUUUCUGUUCCAAGCUGACAGAGAACCAGUUCCAUUACUUCCUGAGGAAACUGCGGCUUCACCUGACGCCCUGCAUCGGCUGGAAGUACUUCCUGCAGAGCUUCGGCGGCUUCCUGGAGGAGAAUGCCACUGAGUGGGCCGAGAAGAUGCCCAAGGGCCCGCCCCCCAGGUCUCCCAAGGAAGUGGCCAACCGGGAGAUCCUGGCCCGGCUGCACAGAGCCGUGGAGGCCCGCUACCAGGCCAUCGCCCAGGAGUUCCAGAACUUCGACACCGCGAAGGCCGGCACCGUCUCCCGGGAGGAGUUCCGGGCCGUCUGCACGCGCCACGUCCAAGUGCUGACGGACGAGCAGUUCGACAGGCUCUGGAAGGAGAUGCCGGUCACCGCCAAGGGGCGGCUGCGGUACCUGGACUUCCUGAGCAGGUUCAGCUCCGAGAAGACAGCCACCCCGCCCAGCAGCGGCAACUCGGCCAAGGCCCACAGAAGGGGCGACGUCCCCGCCACCUCGGAAGGAGGCAGAGCUGUGGGGUCACCACCCACCCAAGACUCCCCGAAAGCAGGGACCAAACUGCGGAGCCAGCAGUGUACGGCCAGCAGCUCGGGCUCCGUGCUGGGCACCCCACAGCUGCAGAACUGCGAGCCCACCGAGAGCCGGCUCCGGAGGCGGGUGCAGGGCUGCUGGCGCGAGCUCCUGCGGGAGUGCAAGGAGCGGGACACGCACAGGCAGGGCGACAUCCCCGCGGCCGACUUCCUAGAUCUCGCGGAGAAAUUCAAGCUGGACCUCAGCAAGGAGGAGAGCCAGCAGCUGACGGUGAAGUAUGACCUCAAGGACAACGGGCGGUUUGCCUACUGCGACUUCCUCCAGAGCUGUGUCCUGCGGCUGAGGGCCAAGGAGACCUCGCUGAUGCAGAGGAUGAAGAUCCAGAAUGCAGACAAGAUGAAAGAAGCCGGGACCGAGACGUCCUCCUUCUACUCGGCGCUGCUGCGCAUCCAGCCCAAGAUCAUGCACUGCUGGCGGGCCAUGCGCCGCUCCUUCAAGUCCUACGACGAGGCGGGCACGGGCUUCGUGGGGGUGACUGACUUCCGGAAGGUGCUGCGGCAGUACAGCAUCAACCUGUCGGAGGAGGAGUUCUUCCACAUCCUGGAGUACUACGACAAGACGCUGUCCUCCAGGCUCUCCUACAACGACUUCCUGCGGGCCUUCCUGCAGUAGGCGCCCGCGCCCCGGACACGGCGAGCCGGCCGCGCCCACGCCGAACCAGACCCGUAACCGGGGCCUCGUGAACGGUCAGACUGUCGCCGGGAACCAGACAGCCCCCCGAGCCUGCGUCCUCGCGGUCAGCGGCUCCGCACUGCCCUCCGUCCCCGCGCUGGGACCGCCUCUCGGGCGGCCGACAUCGCCCGAUCCUCAGGCCGCUCACUAGUCUGAGCAAAUAAAGAUGU